GGAGAAGAGUGUUUAAUAGAUUAUAUUUUUCUUUGAACAAAGUAUUACAGUGCUAUCUUAUUUUGAUCAUCUUUCUUUACCUUCUUCACUGAGGAGAGAGUUUCUUGUCUGAAAUUUCUGACCGUUAUGUUGUGAACAUGGCUUCUACUUCUUUUUCUUCGGCAAACCGCCUUUGCAAACAAUUCGACGUGUUUCUGAAUUUCAGAGGUGAGGACACCCGUGGAUUUACUAACAACCUUUGUGAUGCAAAGGUUAUCUUUACUUUCAUGGAUGAUUAUGAAAUUGAGCGAGGCGAUGAAAUUUCUCCGGCACUUCGCAAAGCUAUCGAGGAAUCCAAGAUUUCGGUAGUCGUUUUUUCAGAAAACUAUGAUGCUUCCUCCACAUGGUGUUUGAAUGAACUGGUGCAUAUACUUGAAUGCAAGAAAAACAAUGGGCAGACUGUUAUGCCAGUCUUUUAUGGCAUAGAUCCAUCGGUUGUACAAAAGCAGAAUGGGAGUUAUGGAAUUGCAUUUAAUAAACUUGAAGAACGUUUCAGAGACAGAAUAGAGAAGGUGCACCAAUGGAGGGCUGCUUUAACAGAAGUUUCUAAUCUACGUGGGUGGGAUUCAAAGAAUUACUGGCCUGAGUGUAAGUUAGUUCAAAAAGUUGUUGAAGAUAUUUUAAAAGAAUUGCCUAAAUAUCGAUCAUCAUUUGAGCAUUCAAAGAAGUUGCUUUUUGGAAUUGAAAAAAAUAUUAAGGAAGUUGAAUCACGAUUAUCCAUUGGCCCAAAAGAUGUUCGCAUUAUAGGUAUUUGGGGAAUGGGGGGAAUCGGUAAAACCACCCUUGCUACCAUUGUAUUUGAAAGACUAUCUGAUGAGUUCGAAGGUUGCUGCUUUCUUCCGAAUGUCAGAGAACAACAGGCAAGACAUGGAUUAGAUCAUUUGAGAAGGAAACUUCUAUCUAAUUUACUAGAUGAUGAAGAUAUUUUAAGGAUGGAUACCCUAGUUGGAGCAUCAUCUUUUAUUCUUCACAGGCUUCGACGUAAAAAGGUGCUCAUUGUUCUAGAUGAUGUGGAUAGUUCUAUCCUAUUAGAUGCUUUAGUUCGAGAAAAUCACCAACUUGCUCCUGGAAGCAGAAUCAUUGUUACAUCUAGAAAUAGACAAGUGCUUAAGGGAGUAUCCGAUGAUAUUUACAAGGUUCAGAGGUUAAAUUCCUUUGAAUCUUUUCACCUCUUCUGUUUGCAUGCUUUUAAGUCUGAUCCUCCGGCAAUUGAUGAUCAAAAAAUGAUAUCAGAAGUGAUAAAAAGGGAAAAGAUUUUCAAACCCAGAUAUUCAAGAUGUGUUGAGAAUCAGUUAUGAGCAACUAGAUGAUAAAGGGAUGAAGGAUACAUUUCUAGACAUUGCUUGCAUCUUUGAUUCAUCUUUUGCUAGAGAUUAUGCAGAAAGCAUAUUAGUUGAUAAUCCUUAUGUGAAAAUAGAUAUUACUGGUCUACUUGAUAAGUCUUUAAUUGAAAAUAGUGAAGUUCUUAAGGACAAUGAGCUAUUGAUGAAUGAUUUGAUACGUCAAAUGGGUCGGCAAAUUGCUCGUGAUGAAGAUGAACAACCUGGUAAUCGUUGCAGGUUGUGUGAUGCCAAGGAUGCUUGCUACGUACUGGAAAAUAAAACGGGCACUGCUGCAAUUGAAGUUAUAUCAUUCAACAUGUCUGAAAUCACACAAAAUGUAAGAGUGUGCCAUUCAGCCUUCUCAAAUAUGUGCAACCUACGAAUUCUCAAAGUUUAUUGUGACAAUAUUGGUGGCUAUGGGUUUAAGGUGUCCAUUCCUAAUGGUCUUGAUUCUUAUCUUUCUAAUAAGCUAAGAUAUUUUCGGUGGGAUUUAUAUCCUUCGAAAUCAUUGCCAUCAAAAUUUAAUCCAGAGAAUCUUGUUGAACUUGCACUUCGUGGCAGCCAUCUUGAAAACCUUUGGAAUUAUAAAGUUCAGUCUCUCCCAAUGUUAAGAAGGAUUGAUCUGAGUUAUUCCAAGUUUCUCACUCAACUACCAGAUUUGUCACGGAGUCCGAAUCUGGAAAGAUUAAAUCUUGAAGGCUGUACAAGCUUGGUUGAGGUUCUUUCACCAAUUCAAAAUCUUGACAAGCUUGCUUAUCUAAAUUUGAAUGGUUGCACCAAACUUAAAAAUUUGAAAGAUACAUCAAGGAGCACAGGUUACUUGGAUUUUAUUCUGCAUGGAGGCAUUAAAAAUCUUUUGAAAAACAUUUGUCAGCCGAGUCUCACAUUUCAGGCCCACAUUCCUCAAAAGUUCCAAGUGAAUUUAACAUGUUUAAUUUUGAGUGGGACAGCAAUAGAAGAAGCGGACCCAUCAAUUGGGUAUCUCCCAGGUCUUGUUCAAUUAGAUAUGAGUUAUUGCACCAGACUUAAAAGUCUUCCAACCAGCAUUUGUAAUUUGAAAUCUCUUGAGAUGUUAAGCCUCGCCUUCUGUUCAAAACUUGAAAAAUUGCCUCCCCUUCCAUCUACUCUGCUCCACUUGGGGCUAUACUGUUGUGAAAGCUUGAAAUCUUUAUCAGAGCUUCCAUCAUUAUGCUUUAGUCUGUCUGCAAAUUACUGCAAGACACUGGAGAAAAUAUCGACUUGGAGGGCUCCACUAUUACACAAUAUGAAAAUCAUUAACUUUAAUUUUUUCUGUGGACAUAUUGACUUUUAUGGUUGUGAAAAAUUGGAUCAGAAUACACGCAACAGCAUACUCGUCGAUCGUGCCGUACUUAAAAUUCUGUUCCGUAUGAAGUUUGGGAUGACUGGCCCAAAUUCUCAUGAUUUUCGAUAUCCAGGAGAUGAAAUUCCAAAGUGGUUUAACUAUCAAACUUGUGGGACUUCAAUCAAAAUUAUGCUUUGCCCAAAUUGGAAUAAUGCCAACUUCUUGGGUUUGGCUUUCUGCAUUGUUCUUGAUCAAAAUAAAACUGACCCUAAUAUAUCUCUUUGUAUCGAUUGCAAACUCAAUUUCAGAACCAUGGAUGAUGAUCAUCUGCAUGAAUAUCAUGAUUCUAGGGCUCUUCUGGAGAGGAAGGUUAGUUCAGAUCACCUGCUCAUGUGGUACGUUGCAAAACUCGCUUUGCAAAGAUCAGAAAAAAUGGUUGGACUAAAUUGGCCAUCUACUUGUAGAACUGAGGCUUCUUUCCAUGUCUUGCCUUGCUACUAUGAUUGCAGAGCAUUGAGAUAUGUCAAAAACUUGGGAAGUGAGUAUGGCCAGAUUAAGAAGUUUGGUAUUCGGUUUGUAUAUAUGGCAGAUACAGAGAGGUUUGAUGCAGAAACUAAAAGUGGAAAUAUAAGACACUAUGAUGAAUAUUGUGAAUCAAGUGGAAGUGAAGCUAAAAGAAAAAAUAAGAGCUACUUUGAUGAAUAUUGUGGCUUUCAUGGUGAAGAAGAUGUUGAAUGGCAUCCUACCGUUAAAUCUAAGAGACUGAAGGUUAUCCUACCAUUAAAUCUAAGAGACUGAAGGUUUAAGUAUGUCACUGUUUGCAAGUUGCAGAACAAUUGGAUGCUCACAAACCAAAGAAUACAACAAUUCCACGAUGCAGCUAAGAGAGAUGCUUUAGCGAUGGAAUAUGAUCAUGAAACCAGUUAAUCUAAAGUUGUUAGCUCUGAUGAAUGAGGAAGAAAAUCCCAAUGCUAAUUCAAAGACAACGAAGCAUAUUCUGUGAUUGCUUUAGGAAGGUACUGUGUGACCUAUGCAGACAAUCCUUAGCUUCAGAUGAAUGGUCUUGUAUCUUGGAAAGGUUCUCUGUUCCUCUUCCGAAGAAUCAUCUGUCAGUCGCACAAAAGACCUUUUCUUUGUAAAAUAUGGUGGGGGACACUUUAUAUCUUGACUCAUUUCACUUUGACUGGUUUUUUUAAUGGUUGUGAAAGCAUGGAAUGUUUUUGGUUUUUGAAGCAAAUGGAUUCUAAUAUUUGGUAAGCAAGUUUUGUGGCUUCAUUUUCAAGUUUUUCUUAUGUGCCAAAUAAAAAGUUAAAGUAUUUUUUUUCCAUAGCAAUAGCGAGGUGCGGUGCUUAUGGUCAUUUCUGGGGAAGUUAAGCUGUAUUUGUUCUACAACUUUUGUUACUAAUAGUACCAAAUAAGCAGAAGUAGGAAAAACUAUAAUCUUAUCUGUGAUUCAUGUCUAUAUAUUACCUGAUUUAGUAAUAGAUUGCUAUGUUGCAUUUUAUUAGUAAUGGGCUCCAACAAAGCUUUUGUUGUAGUUGGUUGAUAUGGGUCUCUCAUCUGGAAGCUAUGUCGCUGUCUUUAAUUAUUAUUAUGUAUGAAUCCACCAAGUGUUUUUCUAUAUAUAGUUUUUACAGGUUUUAACUAAUGCUUGACAGAGAUUCAAAUCUAAAGCAUGACACUGAAUAUGGAGUGAGUGGCCCUAUCCUAUAGGCUUUUAAACUUCCCUUAAUCUUUCAGAUUGUGGGAUUUUGUUAUUCCUUGUUUUCCUUCUUGUUUCUUUUAUAUCUAGAAGUUCUCAGUUUCCCAAGGAAAGAAUGCGUUAGAUAACAGGCCCCUUAAUAAACGCCAAGUUCAUUAUUACAAGAUCUUCAAAAAGGCCUCAGAUUCUUCAAAAUUUGCCUGGGAAACAUGCUAUAACGAUGAGGACAUUUAAGCAACAAUCUCCAGCCUCAGCAUAUUCAACAUUUCAUUAGCUUUCCUUUUUUACCAAUUAAACAGAAAUCAUCCCAAGAGAAAGGUCUUGAGACAAAAAUGCAGAUCAUCAACACCCUGAAAAAUCAUAUCUAUGAUCUAGUUUGAAUCUUGAUCAGUAAGUUAAUAUGAUUUGAAUUGUUUGACUUCGAUCAUAACUUUUAAUUCAGUUUCUCUAGUCCAUUACUUGAUCUGUUUUGGAGUAUCCGGCUGUUGGAAAAUCAGAGAACGAAACUAAGAA